AUGAGCGCCCUGGAGCUAUCAAUGCGUAAAUACGCAGAGGAACCAGACAAGAGUGUGGUGCGACCUGAGCUAGGUCUUAGUUUUGAUUCACUGGGCGAGGCGUAUGAUUUCUACAACUUGUACUCCUGGGAAUUUGGUUUCGGAAUAAGAUAUGGAAAAAGCAGGCUAAAUGCCGAGAGGACGAAAACAAUGCAGGAGAUAGUAUGUGGAUGUUCGGGAAAACCAGACGCCGAAAACAGCAGGUCCUGCAGGUGCGAGUGCCCGGCUCUAAUCAGACUGCUUCGUUCAUCAGACAACAGUUGGUACAUAACGGAGCACCGAGCAAGCCACAAUCAUUCUAUGUCGCUUAAAAUGGGAGAGAAAGUGCACUGGCCAUCUCAUAAACACAUAGAAGUCUACACCAAAGACUUAAUAAGGCAGUUGAGGCAGAACAACGUGAACCUAGGCAAGGUGUUCGCCGACAUCCGGUCGAAUGACCCUGACUUCUCGUAUGUGGUUCUGGCUGAGAAGGACAGCAAGGUGAAGAAUCUCAUGUGGGUAAAUGGGAGCAGCAGGAUGCAGUACAGGUUCUUUGGUGACGUGGUGACAUUCGACACCACGUACAGGACAAAUCUGUAUGAUAUGCCAUUCGGUCUUUUCGUUGGAGUUAACAAUCACUAUCAGAGUAUCAUCCUGGCAGGAGUUUUGAUGCGUGACGAGCAAGAAGAAAGCUUCGAAUGGGUGUUUACAGAAUUCAUUCGCAUGAUGGGCGGACCUGCUCCAAAAACAAUACUCACAGGUGAAUGA